AAUAAGUACAUCUUUAAACGGAGUACCCACAUUAUUAUAUAGGAAGUUUACUUCCCAAUGGACUCAACAGGAGGAAAUAUUAAUGCAUGUCAAGUCAAAGCCAAAUUUUCGGUACUAUUAGGCAAAUUCGAUGAUCUAGUUUCAAAAGUUGUAAAUUUAAUGUUUUUCCCACAAUAAAUAGGUACCACAUGACACCAUCCACGCGAAUACGAGUCCAUAAAAAAAAACCACCGUUCGAUAUAAUAAAAUGCAACCCAUCAAUGUCUGGUAUGCCCUCAAAAAAAAAACCGGCUACCAAAAUUUUGGAUCGCCAACACGUUCUAUAAGAUUUCCCCUUCCGCGGAAUACCAUCCUCGAUCGGCAUCGAUGACACUCUUGGGGCCGCUGCUAACUGUAAAAUCGUCAAUGGACUCUCUUGGUAAAAGAACCCGUCCUUGGUCUUGGUUCUUAUUACACACUGUUCACUAAUUCGUUUUGGUUCUCUGUCGCCGCGACGUGCGGUGUGUGCCUGCCCGCUGUUAUCUUCUUUUGCUCUUCUUCGUUUUCGACUUUAGGUUGUUGGUCCGAUUUUUCGGUAUCGAACGGGACCCGCGCCGGUAUCGGGAUCGUCACCGUGACCAAAUUUCAACGUCGUGAAUGGUGAAUUGAUUUUUUUUUUUUGGUUCGAGCGAAAUUGUUUACGGAUUUACGUUUGGAAACGAUACAGAAUUAAUCUAAAAUGUAUUACGCAAAAGAGCUCCUAGUAAUAUUAUUGGGAAUAUCACUUACUACAUGCCAAGAAGCAACUGACAGCGAAGUGAUAGAUGCACCUGAAAAACUACCUUCCGGAGUACCACCUCCAUCACCGUUAGAUGAUUGCGAUCCAGAAAUGGUUGGAUUCGAACUGAUAACUGGAUACGUGUUCUCGUCACCUGGAAACGUCAUAGAUUCAAUACCUGGAACCCUGAUGCUGACCGAUUGUCUCGAAACGUGUCAGGGCAACGAAAGCUGCCAAUCAGUGAAUUACGAGACCGGAUUGUGCGUGUUGUUCGGAUCAAAUGCCGAUGUACUACCGGGUGCUCUAACAAAAUCCCAGUUUCCCGUUUUCACAAUUUAUGCCCAAAAAAGUUGUUUGGGCGUGAAACCCUGCGAAAGAGCCUGGUGCAUUGACAGAGUCCAAAAUUACCGAUUAACUGGAUACGUGAAGAGCCACCAGAUCGUAGGAUCCAGGCAGGAAUGUUUGGAAUUGUGCUUGGGAGAAAGUGAAUUUGCUUGCCGGUCUGCCAAUUACAACAACGCUACUGGGGAUUGUGAAUUGUCCUCGAUGGAUCGCCUUACUGUUGCAGGAAGUAGCGCAUUUGUGUCAGCUGAUGGAUAUGACUAUAUGGAAAACAAUUGUAUUGAGGAACCAACUAAACUUUGUGAAUUCAAGAAGUUGAAUGGAAGGAUUUUGAAAACGGUUGACUCUGUGUACCAAGACGUAGGCACUUUGGAAGAAUGCAAAGAAUUAUGUCUCAACUCGCCCUACAGGUGCCACUCUUAUGACUAUGGUGAUACUGGUGAAAUGGUUUGCAGAUUGAGCCAUCAUUCUAGAGCUACAUUGGCUGAUAUUCAGGAUCCCUACCUCGACGUUCCAGAAGCCGCCACCUACGAACUCAGUUCCUGUUACAACGUCAGCAUCGACUGUAGAUCGGGCGAUAUGAUUGCCAGAAUUCAAACCAGCAAAUUGUUCGACGGAAAAAUCUACGCUAAGGGCAGUCCCAACUCUUGCGUGCGUGACGUCAACAACAGUUUGGAGUUCGAACUCAAUAUGGCUUAUGACAAUUUGGAGUGUAACGUUAGAAAGAAUGGACUUGGAAGCUACAUUAAUGACGUAGUAAUUCAACACCACGAUAAAAUCGUCACUAGCAGCGAUCUUGGCCUGGCGGUGACUUGUCAAUACGACCUCACCAACAAGAGUGUAACCAAUGAAGUUGAUCUGCCGGUUCACGGAGAUAUUAUCCCAUCGAUCAGAGAAGAAGUCAUCGUCGAUUCACCUAACGUAGCAAUGAAAAUUACCGACAGAAACGGCGAAGACAUGAUGCAAACCGCUGAAGUAGGCGAUCCUUUGGCACUCAAAUUCGAAAUCCUCGACAGAAACAGCCCCUACGAAAUCUUUGUCAGAGAAUUAGUGGCAAUGGACGGAGUAGACUCUAGCGAAAUCAUUCUAAUUGACUCUGACGGUUGCCCCACAGACCAUUUCAUUAUGGGACCUAUCUACAAAAGCGCCCAAUCUGGAAAGGUCCUAUUAUCACACUUUGACGCCUUCAAAUUCCCUUCAUCCGAAGUUGUCCAAUUCAGAGCCUUGGUCACCCCGUGUAUGCCGUCUUGCGAGCCAGUCCAGUGCGAUCAAGAAGAAUCGACCGGUGAAUUACGUUCGGUAAUUUCUUAUGGCAAACGCAGAAGGAGGCGUUCCACAGGACAAUCCCAAGAGGACCUCUUGUUAGUCCAAUCGAUUCAAAUCACGGACAAAUUCGGCUUUGACAAGGACGCCAACAAAACUCAUCUUGGAAGCGAAGCUGUUUUCAUCACCAACGACGGCGGUAAUGGAUUAUGUAUCAACGCUGCAGGACUCAUGUUGGCUGCCAUUCUAUUUCUAGCAGUUCAAAUGUCCAUAAUUGCAGCCUGGACAUUUGUCUGGCAACGAAGAAAACUGAACGACAAAUUAUAUCAGGAAACUAUGAGCAUUCCGUCGCAGUUGAGCGUUAGCCGUACCGAUAGCCUUUGCAAACUUUACGAAAACAGCUACACGCAUUCGCGUAGAUUUUAAAGCCUUUAAAUUUUAAGCAUUCUGUGUAUAAAACUUAAAUAAUUUUGAUGACGCGCCAAUUUUCUUACCUGCCAAUCAUGAAACGUUGUUAGAAAAAAUACAGUUUUUUUUUUAGGCUUUAGGUUUAAGCUUCUCAGCUUUCCAGUUACUAUGGACCAGUGCAAUAAUAAUAAAUCCUUCGGUUAGAAAUAAGAUAUUGCACUGGAAAGCACAAGAAGUAGUUUAAUUUAUAUAAAAAAGUGUGAUUAUUUUCUGAGCUUGCGCGAUAGACUUCAAUAAUUAUUAGAUAAUCUUGCAAGGAUAGCGCAAUAAAAUUAGUGCGUUCCAUGCAAGCCAGAAGUCUCGACGCGACCCUUAUUAAUUUAAAUUUAAGUUUAAGAAAUAGUGCUACUUAAUGCUGCUUUUUUCUUAAUUUAAUGGACAGGACACGACGCAAUACUUUAAUAGUAAAUAAAUAAAAUAAUGUGGGACAACUGAAUGGAAUACUCAUAGGUUUAUUACAUUUCAUUUUGUCGCGAUAAUACUCUAUAGUGCCAUACGUCCUUUUAAAAAGGGCAAAGGCCAAGUAAUAAUUUUACAGAAAAAAAAUACACCGGCUGCACCAAAUUCACAUUUUUGUCCCACAUUAAUUAUUAUUGAUUAUUUUGUUAGUUUAUAUUUUUUUCUGUUCUACAUGUAGAAUGAACAGAGCUUUAAGAUGACAGGAUCUUUAAGGUUCACAGGACGAUCUAGUAUGGAUCUUAGAAUGAAUGUUUCAAUUAUCGUAGUUGAUUGGUUAUUUAUGAGAGCUUGUCCUUUGAACUGAUUCGAUCGAUACAACUUAGUUUUUUCCAAUUAUCAAUGAAGAAUUUAAGUUAACGUCGUCUAAAAUAAUUAAAGACAAUACCAUAGCAAUUACUUGAAUAUAAUUUAAGACAAUUUUUUUUUAGAAAUAAUUCUAUAUUUAUUUUUUAAGUUAUAUUUUUCCUUUAAAAUAUGUCGACAUAUUUUUGUAAUCGACAUGAAAUCUUAAAGCAUAAUUAAUAUACUCAUUAAAAAUUGACAUUUUGUGGUUUUAUUUUUUCCUUAGUUAGGAAAAUGAACUAUUGCUAAGAAACAGACCAUGGCAAUAUUGCUAAGAAUUGAGAUGGCAUUUUAAUUUAAUCAAAAACGGUGGAAAACCUAUCAAGAAAGUGUCAAGACAACUAAUAGUCCAAGAGCCUAAAGC